AUGUCGUACCAAUAUCCGCCGUCACAUAACGGCGCCGAGAUGGACAUGUCGCAUCACAGCUACAUGUCCGGCUACCCGACGCCGACAACUUCCUCCUUGGAGGUAAGACCUGCCCUGCAACUCCAUCCAGCACAACAACUACCACCACCUCCAACACCACUUUCAGCACUUUUUCCACCUCUCGCCUACCCAGCCCUGGCGAGCGCGCGCAUGCCCCUAGCGCAGCGACGAGAAUCGCUGUCCAGAGCCUCCAAGUUGAAAAGGUCCGUCUCGACCCCUAACGUGAGACCACAGGGGAUGAACGAUUCCGACUCCCUCAGUCUCCACGGCGAGAAGAAGCGCAACAAACUUGGGUACCACCGAACAUCCAUAGCCUGUGGAAACUGUCGGAAGCGGAAGAUCAGAUGCCAGCCGCGGAACGGAGACAUCCAGAACCGGUGCGAGCAGUGCAUCAGGUUGAAAAAGGACUGCAACUUCUACCCCGUGGACCAACAACCGCCGCCCGCGGCGCUGCCGAGGCCCGGGGUCGUGCGAUCAUCCGCCGUGGGAGGAGGCAAGCUCGCGUCCACGUCUGCGUCCGAGUCUGGACAUCCCGCCGACGGACAACAACACCACCAGCAGCCCUACCACCAGCUGGCGUCGAUGCCUUCGAUCCACAGCAUGGGGCCCCCGCCGACGAAGCAAGAGCAGUACCCAGUCAAGCAAGACUCGUACCACGAAGAACAACACAAGACUAGCAGCAAAUCCAGCGGCAGCAGAACUUUCGGCUACGGCCAAGGCAUGGCCAGCUGGGCACCAACAGUAGCCGAGACGAGCAGCCCCUCCACUGCAAAGGGGUCUUCGGGAGGAGACAUGAUCAAUUCGUCGUGGAGGAACUACCCCCAGCGAUCGCCCGUGACGCCCGGCUACUCCCCGUACGCAGCGCAGCCGUCGUCCGCGACGUGGCCCGCGGCUGCAGCUCCGCUCGGAACCCCAGUGCCAGUGCCAGCGGCGGCGACUUCGAGACCCGAAGACGGCUGGUCCGCGUACCACCCAGCAGCAGCGGCGCCGACGCGGUCCCUGUCGUACGACGGCGAGCAGCAUGCGAGCCAGCAGCAGUAUGUUGCGACGACGAGCAGCCGGCCCUCCUAUGACCGCAGGGCGUCGAUGGCGUCGUCGUCGGAUCUGUACCACCACUCGCCGAUCUCAACGACCAAGAUGGAGGGCGGCGUGGCGGGGGGCGCGGCGCCGUCUGCGUCGUACGGCGCUUGGCAGCAGCAGCAGCAGCCGUACCAGGGCUGGUAUGGGGACUCCUCCGGGCAGCCAGUAGUCUCGUCCGGGGCCGAGCACCCGGCACAGGUGUAUUAUGGCAGAUAG